UGCAUAUUUUGGCCUAUGUGUUGUACCUGGUUUCCGCAAUGGAAAUAAAGCUUAGCGAUCGUGAGGGAGUUAUUUCUUUGGAUAAUUUUCUUGAUUUUGAUGGAUAUAAUUCCUCUUUGAGUUUUGUUAGUUUAUCAAGUAAGCAAAAUAUUGACUUGGAUGGCGAUUUAAUUCGGUUCUCAACUGCAAAGAGUGAUCUUGAUUUCAAAAUGUUAGAGAAACUACUUAAAUAUGGUGGAGAAAACUCCCUUCUUUACAUGAAGAAUUCAACAAUUGUACCCAACACAGAUGCCUCAACUGACAACAUUAUAGCCUUCCAAGAAGUAGAGAUCAUCGAGAGCCAAGAUACGAAGAAGGGAUAUUUAGUACCAAUUACACCUUGUUUGAAAUAUGAAGGCACUGGUCUGGGUAGUGUGGCCUUUGAAUAUAGUUUUAAAACUAAUUUCGCUAAUAGUUUUCAUAAUGGUGCUUCAGAAACAAUACCGUACUUUCCACUAGCAGUUCAUGCGCACUUCUCUUUUAGCUGGAGGGUUGGUGCUUCUUUAGUUGGAACUUUUACCUGUAAUGCAAAGGAAGGAAAUAAUGCAAGACUAUUUGCAACUCUGGCACUUUUUGAGUUCAAUGUCAGAGUGAAAGACCAUUACUUCAAGAAGGCAGACCAUACUUUGAAGUCUAGUGGAUGGAAUUUGAAGGCUCCUAUUAAAGGGUUGGUCACUUUGCAACCUUCCUUCUAUUGUGGAAGUUCUGAAAAGAUGGAUUUGAUGUGCUCUGAUCCAGAGGAAGUGUUGGAGGAAGGAAAGCUUCCAAAGUAUGUAGUCACCGAAGUUGGUAAAAGUGCUGCCUUCUUGGAGUCGACUUAA